AACAAUGAAGAACGAAAAUGCAGGAAUUUCAAUGCAAAAGAAAAGAAAGGAGUGAAAUAAUUUCUUAAAUUACUCGUUUUGAAAAAAGGAUUAAAUUUGAUUAAUUCUAUUUGGAUAUCAUAGUUGCGACCAUCACACUUCCUGCUACCCUACCGGAAUUGAAAUCAUCCCACAUUGAUCAAUGUUCGGCUUGAAAUAAUCUUGAAACGGUACCUGUAAAAAUGAGCGUCGGUGAUCGGAUUGUUUAUGGGGAGAAAAGAGGAACCAUCCGUUUUAUCGGCGAAGUACCUCCUUUCGCUGGCACGUGGUUUGGUAUCGAUUGGGAUUGUCCGAACGAUGGGAAACAUGAUGGAACCUAUAAAGGUGUACGAUACUUUAGCGCAACGUAUCCUAAAUCCGGUUCAUUUGUAAAAUCAACGGAUGUUAAUUUUGGAUACAAAUUUGUCGAUGCCCUCAAGGAACAGUACGAUUACGAUGUUGAUAAAGCUAGAAAAGAAUAUGAAAAUAGUAUGAAGGACUUCGACGUGGCUGUGUUUGAUUUUGUGAAUUUAGAAAAAGUUAAAUUAUUGCAAGGACCUUUGAAUUCAUUACAAGUGGUUAAUUUGGCAGCUUAUAAUAUUUGUGGUCCUGGAGAUCCUAACGAAAUUGAAGAAGCGUGUCCAAACAUCGUUGAUUUAGAUCUAUCAAAUAAUUUGAUUACCUCAUGGGAAGCGAUAGCCAUCAUUGGAAGACAAUUGAAAAAAUUGAAAUCAUUAAGUCUAAACGAUAGCCGAUUACAAAUUCCUGAAGAUCCGAAACAAUACAGCGACGCAUUUACUAAAUUAUUGCAUUUAUUUCUUUGUCGAACUGUUUAUUCUUGGAACGAUAUAUUAAAUUUGGCAUCGAUGUGGCCUCAAAUUGAAACGCUAAAAGUGCCUUUUUGUAACAUAGAUGUACUAGAAGCACCACCUCAAAUAUUAUUUCACAAUUUGAAACAUUUAGAUAUUCAAGGGAAUAAAAUUUACAAAUGGUCUGAAAUAUGUAAAUUGGGACAUUUACCGAGGUUGGAAAUUUUGAACGCCUGUGAUACUGGAAUCACCGAAAUAAUUAUUCCACCCGAAGAAAGAUUGUUUUUGAAAUUACAAACACUUUACGUUUCAGAAAAUUAUAUUAAAAAUUACGUCGAUAUCAUUGACCUGAAUAAUUUGCCAGCGUUAAAAGAUUUAAGAAUCAAUAAAAAUCCGCUCACCACCAGCGAUAAAUUUUUAUCAUACAGAGAGAAAAUUAUCGCUCGAAUUGGAAACCUCAAGAUCUUAAACGGACGUGAAAUACAGCCAGAUGAAAGACGCAGCGCAGAAUACGAUUAUCUCAGAGAAUUCGCCAAGGAUUGGUUUUGCAGCAAAAAUGACGAAAAAGAAAAAGCUAAAUUUUUAUUCGAAAAUCCUCGAUACCCGUUACUAGUUCAAAAAUACGGACCUGCUGAAGUUCCUACUGAAAUCGAUCCAUCCCUAAAAGGACAUUUAAUUUCUAUAAAUCUCGUCUACGUGACCGAAGAUGGUGCUAAAGAGAUAAUUAAGAAACGAGUUCAUCUAUCUCUCGCGGUGUAUAAAUUAAUCGCCAUAGCCAAACGUGCUUUCAAUAUAGAUACCGAGUCGCCCAACUUAGUUCGUAUUUCUUCCAAAAACCCAGCUAUUAAAGUUGAAAUGUCCGAUCAAUUAAAAUCGAUGAAUAUUUACGCCGUUGAAGAUGGUGAUACCAUUUACAUUAAUUGUUAAGGGAUGCCGAAAAAUGACCUGUGAUUAAACUUGGGAUUCGUGAAUGAACCGGAGUAAAACUCUGGUCGAAUGUGUCUCGAUGAGGUGUUGAUCUUAUGCUUUUAAUGUAAAUCUAGGAGUUAAAAAAUUUACACCAUUGAUUAUUUGUGUUUAUAAAAAUUAAUAAAGUUGUGAAAUGAUUGAAAUUUUUAA